AUGUUCAUUCAUCCUGUGUUAUUUCUGUUGGCUUUGUUCGCGACGGUGGCGGUUACCCAGAGUGCUUCCUCCCCUUAUGCUCCCACCCUCGUGCAAUGCCCAAAGGAUGUUCGAAUACGGCCAGCUCACAACGGUCUCAGCCCACAGGAGAAGCAAUGGAGAGAAAAACGUCUGGGCCAUGUGGUCAAGGCCUUGUCUUCCUAUCUAAAUACUGCGAAUAUCCCCAACUACAAGCCGGGAGGAUACCUUAGCAAGAUGAACGUCUCGACAGCGCCGGUGGUCGGUAUGGCGAUUUCCGGCGGAGGCAGCCAGUCCGGCAUGGGAGGACUGGGUCUUUGGCAGGCCUUCGACGACCGCUAUCCUCCCGCCGUAAAGGCAGGUACUGGUGGCCUUGUGCAAUGUCUUUCGUAUCUGACCGGAUUGAGUGGUGGAGGCUUGACCACCGUGCUGCCCCUGGCUAGCCACAAUUUCAGCAGCCUUGAGAACGUUCGGGACAACGCCAACCUCACGGCCGACUACUUGGUCGGGCCAGGAGGGAACCAGACCGCGCACUUCGAGGCCGCUUUCAAGAAUGCAUAUGUCAAGUACCUUGCAGGCUUCUCGGUCUCUGCCACGGAUAUUUUCGGGCAAUUCUAUCGGCAAUAUCUGCCAGCAUCAUGGGGCUACAAGGGCCUCUCUGACGUUGCCAACCCCAACACCAGCUUCUCCCAGGGACUUGCGCCGAUGCCGAUAGUGCUCCUGUCCGAAGUGGUCCCGGGCUCCUCUCCCGAAGUGGGCGGGAUCAUGUAUCCGGGUGUCAACUCGAGUAACUUGACCAUGUACGAGCAGACGCCGUUCGAAUUCGGCAGCUGGGUCGGGGGCCGCGUGCAAGGUUUCAUGCCCACCAAGUUCCUGGGGACGGCCAUGAACAAUGGAACGCCGGCUAGUUCGAACCAUUGCGUCAACGGCUUCGACAAGGUCACGUUCGCCCAGGGCAGCACGGGCAACGCAUGGAACUUUUGGUUCAUUGACGCCUUCUACAACAUCCCCCUCUUUUACAAGCGGGACAGAGUGUCGUCUCCACCGCAGAAGCGAUCCACACUCGCGGGCGCACCCUCUGUUCCCAUCCCUCAAAGCCAAAGCGACAAUCCACAGGUCAUCCUCGUGAACGAGACAGCCACGGUGUUCAACCAGACAUUCAACGAAUCCAUGUGGGGCAUAUACCCCAAUCCCUUCAACAACUACAACAAGAAAAUGCAAGGAGAGGCUGAACUCCUGAUUGUCGACGGCAGCGAAACAGGCGAGACGAUCCCUCUGAGAUCGCUGGUGGUGCCGCAAAGAAGCGUGGAUUUCAUCCUCGCCUUCGACUCCAGCGGCGAGGAACCGGGCAACAACUGGGUCAACGGGACGACCUUCGGCAUGAGUGCAGCCGCAUCAAAGCUCAAUGGCAUUCCGUUCCCAGAGGUCCCUGACCCGGCAACCUUUGUGAACCUGGGCCUCAAUCGGUAUCCCACAUUCUUCGGCUGCAACGCCUCGGCAUCCACGCCACUGAUCCUGUACAUCCCUAAUGCCCCGUGGUCCGCAUACUCGAACUACUCGUACACGGUCUCGUCCUUCACCGACAACCAACUGGACCUGGUCUUCAACAACUCGCUAAACACGGUGACCUUCGGUCUGGGCAAACUGGAUGGCGUGCGCUCCGCGGGGAAGAACAACACAACGCCACCGCCGCCAUUCCCGGCCUGCAUCGCCUGCGGCCUCAUCUACAAGUCCCUGCUUCGCGUUGGCGAGAUGAUACCACCGGCGUGCCAGGCUUGCUUCACCGCGCACUGCUGGAAUGGCACGACGGCAGACACCCCCGCCACGCCGGUGUAUGAUCCCGGCUUGUUGCUGGAGCCGGGCGUUGGGUAUGAGGAGUGGAACGCGACUGUUUGGACAUGA